UCAUUAGAUUUAUUUUUAAAUUAAAUACUGUUAUCAGUAAUGAUAGAGCCUAACAGUCAUAUUUAUAAAAUUAGCUAAUAUUGGCCACGGUUUUUGAUGUGCUAUCAAGGGGCAGCCAUUCUCAAAAAUGAUGUGUUGAAACUAGACCCUAUGCAGUCUCAUGGUUAGGUCUGAAUAGCUAGAUACAUAGAUGGACCUUUUUCAUUCGUCUUCAGUAACUGUUUUAUCCUGGUCAGGGUUGCUGUGGAUCCAGAGCCUAUCCCAGGAAUACCGGGUGCGAGAUCACACAACAGGACCUGCCAUGGACGUUUGUGCAUUGUCAAGAGGCAAAAAAUUGGUUCACUUGGAUUUAAAAGGAGCACCUCCUAGAAUUAACUACUUAUAUGAGCUGAUCCAGCUUUUUGCUGAUCUGGGUGCAAAUGGCCUCCUUAUUGAGUAUGAGGAUAUGUUUCCCUAUGAAGGAGAGCUGAAGAUUCUUCAGUCAAAAUCUCACCCACCCUACAGCCGUGAAGAAAUUAUUGCCAUUCAAGAUGUCGCUUAUUCCAGAGGGUUGGAGAUCAUUCCUCUGGUGCAGACAUUUGGACACCUUGAAUUUGUCCUGAAGCAUAGCACCUUCAGCAAGUUGCGAGAAGUAAGCCACUGCCUGGGGACCCUGAACCCACACAGCAAGCAAGGACUUACCCUUAUACUGGAGAUGCUGCGUCAAGUUAUGGCGCUUCAUCCGAGGAGCACUGUUCUGCAUAUCGGGGCAGAUGAGGUAUACACAUUGGGUCAAGGAGAGGAGUCUAAAGAGUGGUUAAGCAUUCCAGGUCACAGUAUUGACAAGCUGUUCCUCAGUCAUGUCACUAAGGUGGCAAAAGGCAUUAGGGAGACUUACCCCAGCCUCAGUGUGAUAAUAUGGGACGACAUGCUGAGGAACAUGACCUCUGACACCAUUAAAGAUAGUGGUUUGGUAGGACUAGUGCAGCCCAUGCUGUGGGACUACAAACCUACUCUGGAUGUGGCCAACAACAUUAUGCUAAUGGAGAAAUACAAGGCUGCUGGUUUAUCCCAACAGUGGAUUGCGAGUUCUUUCAAAGGCUCCACCACUGUAUACACUUGUGUAACCAGCACACAAAGGCAUGUGGACAAUCACGUUCAGUGGUUAAAAGUGGUAUCUGGUCUUUCACCUGGCGUUGAUCUACAGGGCAUUGCACUCACUGGCUGGCAAAGAUAUGACCACCUGUCUGUUUUGUGCGAAUUGAUGCCCCUUGGCUUGCACUCUCUUGCCUCAUGUCUGCAGACUCUACAACAUGGAAGCUUUACUCAGGAAGCUCAGCAGAAGGUGAUGGAGGCACUUGGCACGGGCACGACUGAAGUUGGAGAUGUAGAGAGGUUGUCUCAAGGUUGCUCCCACUCAUACACUGGCAUAAAACUGGCUGAACUCAUUGUACAGCUAACAGCAAUGCUUGAGUCGGAAGAUCUCAGACACUUUGAGAGCAAUAUGUUUGUGAGAGGCUGGUUCUCCCCUUAUCAUAGACAGCAGAAGACUAUCAACCCACUUAUUGCACAACAAAUCCAGAACCAGGCACAAACGUUCCUGGAAGCUAUAGAGUUCAAGGUGCAGGAGGUGAGGCAGGAGAUGAACCUGCUUUACCCAGAUCUAACAGUGGAGGAAUGGGUUACUCAGCAUGCCACUCCAGUACUGAAACCCAUUCAAGAUUUACUGACCGAUAUCCAAACUGUCUUGGAGGAUAUGGGACUUUACAUGAGUGAAUCUCAAAGUGGACUCUGAGUUUCAUUUGAAAGAAAAAAAACUCUUAUAUUUGUUAAUGAAAGAAGGGAAAAUAAGGAACACUGUUCCUAAUGUUGCUAAUGUUUUGUGCCAUAUUGCCGGAUAUUGCAUAGACAUAUAUAAAAUGAUCUAAAUGCAUUACAUAAAUGUCAAAUGUUUUAAGAUGCAUAAUAUGAACUACAUUCUUCAGUUUAUGGUGGCUAUUUGUUGAGGUUCUCUUCAAAGCUGCACUUUGUCUUCUGCUAUUAAUAACUAAUGAAUAUUCACCUUAAUAUUAACUAAUUAAUAUGCUCAGUUCACCUGUGAAUUUAUUGUGUAAAUAUGAUUCAUUUUUAAAAUAAAUUAAACAUGUCAAAUAUUAAAA